GCUGAUUGUUGCUUGAUGCUACAAGUACACAGCGCCCGUCGCCGAUUGCUUAAUACCCAUCAGAUGCUUUAACCCCUCCAUUCGGCCCGCGCCGCUCCAGCCCAAGUAGUAAUCGCUGAUUAUUUUACAGUACAUAGCAAAAUUUCAGUCAGUGAACAGUGCUCAUAAUAUUCGGGAUAAUCCAAGAUGAAUAGCUGAGACCCAUGUUCCUGUCGUAGCUAGUUUCUAUUACUUUUAUCAAUUAACCCCGUGCGACCACAUCAGGUCGUGUACGGUUAGGUGUAGAUCAAACAAAUUAUCAAAAUGACUGUGACGCUGCGGCUAAUCGGCAGUCUGUCCUGCCUAGUUUGCCUAGCAACGUGUUUACCUGUACCUAGUGAAGAUCUCAAACAAAAAACCCUUGAGAGGGAAAAUGAAGUUGCUCUCUUAGAAAAUGGCGACGAUGUGCUGCGAUCAGCAGCGCUAGACGUAGCCGCUUUAAAAUUAGAAGACUUGUACGAGCAAGAAGUGAUAAAUACAGCUUUAGAUAUUCUGAAAAAGGAAAGGAAGCAUCCUGACAAGGCAUUAGAUGACCUACAAGAACUAGGAAAAACUGUCAGGAGAGAUAAAAGAAAAGUAGAACUUCUGACUGCCGCAUUAGGAGCUAGCAGUGGUGCCUUAAGUGCGGGCGCAUCGGGUAGUUCCGGAAGCGCCGGAGUGCAGGGCUCAGGCGAUGGAGAGAGUGGUGACGGUGGCGGCGGCGGAGGAUCUGGAUCCGCGUCCAUCCUCAAUCUCGUUGGCCCGCUUUUGGGCAGCAGCAGUGGAGGCGGAGGAGGUGGAGGAGGCGGCGACGGCGAGGACGGUGAAGGAGGUGGCGGAGGCGGUGGAGGCUCAAACAUUUUGAGCCUUCUGUCCGGUCUCCUUGGGAGCAGCAGUGGAGGAGGUGGAGCUGAUGGCGGAGAUUCCGGUGACUCAUCAGGUGGUGGCGGAGGUGGCUCAGGAUCUGGCUCCAUCCUCUCUCUGAUUGGCCCGCUCCUAGGAAGCAGUAGCGGCGGCGGCGGAGGCGGAGACGGCGAGGACUCUUCCGGUGGAGGCGGCGGAGGCGGCGGUUCCGACUCGGGCUCCAUCUUGAGCUUGAUCGGGCCCCUCCUCGGGAGCAGCAGCGGAGGCGGCGGUGGCGGCGGAGGAGGCGGAGGUGUCAGUGCCGGCGCCUCGGUAGGCGGCAGCGUGGGCGGAGACCAACUGUUCACAUCAAAAGACCCUAUCAGCUUAGUUGGCGACAAGAUUCAACUAGGAUUAAGGGUCAAAUUCGCUUUUCUCACAAAGAUUUUGCAGUCGAUAACUGGAGUCCUGGCCUCCUCAACUCAAGCCCAGUCAGAAAAGAACGGAAUGCUAGUGUACCCACCGCCUAAAAAAGGGCUUUUCUAGGAGAACUUUAAGUCCAAAUUUGGGUUUCACGGAUAGAUUAUGAUCAAUUUUGAAACAGAAUUUUUCAGAACCGAAGCCCCGUAUUACCAAAAAUAUGAAUGGAAAACUGCCAAAAAUUCAAAAACAAUUUGUGAAAAUGUCCGUAGUUUUUUGUUCUGGGGAUCUCGACCCUAAUAUUUCGUAUCCUCUGCAAUCAAUGUUUAAAAUUGGUUGAAAGCACUUGUUUUCCUGUAUUAAGAGCUUUUAGUAAACUUUCGCAUCAUGGACUGAUUGACGUAAUAGAGCCAAAAUGACUUCUUAAAGGAACGAUGGUAACUCUUAAAUCUGUACCUGAGAUUUCAACACAAACCUUUAUGAACUCUAAUUUUCAUAUAAAUAAAAAAAAUAGAGAAACGAAGAAACAAAUACUGAAAUACACUCAAGUCACAAUCAAUGUCCAUUCAAAAGAUUGCGAUUAAGUUUUUUUCUUGUUUGUGUUUCCUCCAUUACGUCUUUUUUCAAAUUAUUGUAUAUUACAUAUAUUUUUUAUUCAUUUAAUUUUUUUUGCGGACGGCCACAUAAAAGAAAAGAAAAAAUCCGAUUAGGCGGUGAAAUACCAAACUACCAAACAGGGAAACGCAAUUACUAAGAACAAUUAUCAAAUAGACUUAUACAAAAAUCCUAGUAAUAUUUAUUUUAUAUAAAUAAGAUAAUGAAGAAUGGGUAAUAUUUACCCCUAAGCAAAGCCGGUUCUUGUCUAGUUAUAAUAUGUUCACUUCUUGCCGAAGUUAGUAUUCGAGCUUUAACACGUUUUGUAAAUGAGACGGGCUUUAGAUAUAAAACCUCGUGUUUUUAAUAUAACUUAGAGAAAUUUUCCGACAGCUUGAAAACCUUUUUGUAAAUACGCUCUAGUUUGUAACAUAGUUUCCUUUAAAUUAGUCUAGAAUAGGAAAAGCUUUAUUCUGUAAGUUAUUCAGAGCGUAGUUCCUGACCGAAUCUUGCCAGCCCGAAGGAAAGUUUUGUUUCGCGAUAAUUCUAUGUUUUAAAUCAACGCAGGGUUAUGAAAAUUAUUGCAAUAUUUUUGGAAAUAAGAACAGAGCAAACGAGCAAUGAUUAGUUCUAUUCAGUUAAAGCCAUCAGACUUAUUGUCAGCAGAGUUUUUCCCUUUUUAUAUCCUGACGAUUCUAAAGACUUGAUCUUUCGUCUAACAUUCCCCCUGAAAAAAAUAUCUGGUUUUCAUAUCGUUUGAUAGAGGAUAUAAAACAAUUCAUUGAAAUUUUUAGAGAACGGUGACGAAUUUUGCGUGUUUUGACACAUUCUGAGAUCAUCUGAUACUUUAUUGCGUAGUAAGACGUAUACCAUUCCCCAGUAUUCAUCAUUUGAAAAUUAUAGCUAUUACGCAAACCAUAUAGAAGGUUGACUGAAGAGUAGCGCUAGCCCCUUGCUAAUCAAAUUAUACUCUCUCAGACUUUGCGAAAUAAAUAAACUCUGAAAUUGACCUCUCCUACCUUUUGAGUAGAGUUGAAAUGGAACGAAAUAAAAAAUUAGCAAACCAAAACACCACGAAACUGUAAACUUUAAUUUUUUUUCUAGCAUCCUUACUUUAUUUUUUAGAGGAAGAUUUCUACCCCGAGCUAGAAGUUCUGUUACAUCACUACGACCCAAUAUGUAACUUAAACAUCAUUUUAAGCACACGUGGUUCGACUAAUGCCGCUGUGUGGCAAAACAUGUUGCUCAAAAAUAGUGUUAACUAGUGUUUCAAUUACAAUGGAAGUUUUUAGUGUUAAGUUUUUGUUUUAAAAAUCCUAUUCCUAGGCAAAGUCUAGAAACUUUAAAUUCGUAUGAUUAGGAUAAAUAUUUGUCAUUUUUAAGAUUCUAAUUUCGUAGCUUAGCUUUACAUAAAAUCAUUAUCUAUAAGGGCACUCCAUACAAUAGGUUAUUUAUAUAGUGUUCUAGGUAACAGUAACUCAAUAUGUCACGUGUACGUAAAGUCAUUAAGCGUAAGUAUAACGUAAUUAAACAUGUACUAUAAAAUUAAA